AUAUUGCAUUCAAUUCACAAUUGUCAAAAUUACGAUAUCACGUUUCAAUUCAUAAACUUUCUAAAGUAAAGAAAAUUAUUGAUAAAUAUUUUUUAAGGAAGUAAAAAAUUAUUAAACAUGGAAAUCCGAAUGGCAGAACCUGCUGAUGAAGUAAAAAACCGAUUUGGUAUUGUUGUAGACGCUGUAAAAACUGCUUUUCAUUGGGGUUUUAUACCCGGUGUCAUUUACUUAGGUUUUAAAAUGGGACCAGAUCCUGGAAUGCCACCAUUUUCUUUAAGCAGUCUUUUAUGGCAAUAGUUAUUCAUUCAAAUGUUCAGAUUUCAUCGAAUUUAGGUUACCUGCGUUAUCUUUUCAUUAAAAAUACUGUAAUUAUGGAAAUAAUAAUUUGUCAUUACGUUUAAAAAAACUGUAAUUAUGGAAAUACUAUUUUGUUAUUAUUUGUAAAUAAAUUCUUUAUUUAUAACAUUA